AAUGACAACAACAGAAGGGGAAUUAAUUAAUUAUAAUGGAAUUGAUAGCGGUGUAGGGGGAAGUGGAGACUCUUCAGGCGAUCAAAAAACUUCCCCGACAACCAAAUCUAUUUCAGAAAUUAAUCAAAAUAAUUUAAAUAAUUGGGCGUUUUCAACAUCCGCAGCUUCCCCUUCCUCUUCUUUCUCUUCCCCUUCCACCGGAAUGCUUGCCAAUGUUAUGGGAUAUGCCCGCUCUCGACUCUUUAAAAAUGCCAACGAUGGAUUACUAAUGCCUGGGGAAAAGGCGAGUUUUUAG